AUCGCGAUAGCUGUUCGUGGCUAAGUGAGCGUGUGGGCCGGAAGUUCGCUCUUUUUCUGUGGCGGACAGUAGAUGUGUGUGAAUAUCACACAAAAUGAAGCUGAACAUCUCAUUCCCGGCCACCGGCUGCCAGAAGUUGAUAGAAGUGGACGAUGACCGCAAGCUGCGCAUCUUCUAUGAGAAGCGCAUGGCCGCAGAGGUGGCCGCUGACCCACUGGGCGAGGAGUGGAAGGGCUACGUGGUUCGCAUCAGUGGCGGGAAUGACAAGCAGGGCUUCCCCAUGAAGCAGGGUGUGCUGACGCACGGCCGGGUGCGCCUGCUGCUCAGCAAGGGCCACUCAUGCUACCGGCCCCGCCGGACCGGCGAGCGCAAACGCAAGUCCGUGCGCGGCUGCAUCGUCGAUGCCAACCUCAGCGUGCUCAACUUGGUCAUUAUCAAGAAAGGUGAGAAGGACAUCCCUGGGCUUACUGACCGCACCGUGCCCCGCCGUCUGGGCCCCAAGAGGGCCAGCAAAAUCCGCAAGCUCUUCAACCUGUCCAAGGAGGACGACGUGAGGAAGUAUGUAGUGAGGAGGCCCCUCACUAAGGAAGGUAAGAAGCCCAGGACCAAGGCCCCCAAGAUCCAGCGUCUGGUGACGCCCCGCGUGCUGCAGCACAAGCGCCAGCGCAUCGCCAUGAAGAGGAAGCGCACCCUGAAGAACAAGGAAGAGGCAGCCGAAUACGCCAAGCUGCUGGCCAAGAGGACCAAGGAAGCCAAGGAGAAGCGUCAGGAACAGAUCGCCAAGAGACGCCGCCUGUCCUCUCUCAGGGCGUCCACGUCCAAGUCCGAGUCCAGCCAGAAGUAAAGUUGACUAUGAUGGAGAACGAUUAAAAGGUGUUUGCAGAAAUG